UGAAUCGGAUUUUACCAAUUUCAUGUCCGAAUCCGAACUGGUUCCAAAAAUCCGGUAAAAUUCGCGCUUUGUUCGAUUCAUAUUAAACUUCGCGUUAAAUUCGCCUGCUCAUUCACUAGGGUUACGACUUAGUUGAAUCGCUUGCAAGUUCGAAUCCCGUUCGCUAGGAUUCGUGGCAUUAGGGCUAAAAUCAACAUCGGUGAAUUCUACUUUGCUUGUUCAAGCGAUUGAGAGCUAAAGAUGUUGUUCUUCUCGUACUUCAAGGAUUUGGUGGGGAAAGAAGUUACAGUGGAGUUGAAGAAUGAUCUUGCUAUAAGAGGUACUCUUCAUUCCGUUGACCAGUACCUCAACAUAAAGCUCGAGAACACAAGGGUUGUUGAUCAAGACAAGUAUCCUCAUAUGCUUUCAGUGAGGAACUGCUUCAUCAGGGGAUCGGUCGUCAGAUACGUUCAGCUACCGCCUGACGGAGUUGACAUUGAUAUCCUUCACGAUGCCACAAGGAGGGAAGCUCUUGGUGGCUGACUGCUAGUAGAACAGAUUAGAUAAAUUGGUCAUGUGGUGGUUAUAACUAAUUGCUGUGGAGCUUUCAAAUGUAUCAGUUUUAGGUUUCUGUAUACCUGGUAAUUUCGGGUUAAUUUCAGUGUCUUUUAUCAGAAAAAAGGAAAACAUGUGAUUUCCCCCACUGACAUACAUUGGUCAUGUGGUUCUCUUUGUGAUCAUUCUCUAGCCAGCGAUACAUGCACCUUUCAGGCAUUUAUUCUUCCAAAA